GGAAUUUCUGUUACAUCUCAAAGAAUCACAUUUUACCUUAACUUCCUGCUGUUUGUGCAUGUAGUUUCUUAUUUCAUGGAUAAGUGCAUUAAACUGGCGAAUAUCAUCACUGGUAAAUGUAAUUACAGCUUUCCACGAUCAGGGGAAAAUCCACAUAAUGUGGUGAAAAUGUGGACAUUUUUUUAGAUUUUUUUUGAUAGUGCAUAAAUCGCGUUUAAUGUUGCAUCUUUAUGCCGAGUUACGUCUUGAACAAAGUAAAUAAUCAAUAAACAGAUGGAACCCCUAAAGCAUGCUUACAAAAUAGAAGAGCCUCUGUAAACCAUUUAAAAGAAAAAUAGAUUUUUAAAUUGGUCCUUCGAGACGUAAUUUUCGAGUCCAAUUUGUUACGUCUUUAGAGAUAUAAGUUUUACACUUAAGUCUGUGUCUAAUCAGUGCUUACAAUGGUACGGUGUUGCCUUCAAAAUACCUACAAUCAUCAUCAGAAUAAAUCAAUUUGGGGGGUAACGUUACAUUUCCGCUAUUUCUAAAAAUAAAAUCGGGCGACCUUUUGUGUCCAAAAUGUUACGUCUCGAAAAAUCAUUUUUUUUACGAUAACGCUGUUUACUUUCACAUAUCGGUUGCGCAAAGGCGCCGGAAAAUAACUGCACACAUUAUUUGAUGACGUAGAACGCAUUCAACGAAUUUGUGUACACAAAAGCUGACAACAUGGCCGAAUCUUCGACACGAGUUCGUGACCAGACCCAGCAGUUAGCCAGUGACCAGACCCAGCAGUUAGCCAGUGACCAGACCAAGCAGUUAGCCAGUGACCAGACCCAGCUGUAUGCCAGUGACCAGACCCAGCAGUCAGCCAGUGACCAGACCCAGCAGUAUGCCAGUAUCCAGAAAACUUCAUUAAGGGAGCUCGAACAGUCUCUGUGUAAGCAGACCAAGAAGUCGGCCAUUGACCAAACCGAGCAGCCAUCCAGUGACCAGACAGCCAAUGACCCGACCAAGCAGCCAGCCAGUGACCAGACAGAGCACAUAGCCAGUGACCAGAUGACUUCAUUCAGGGAGCUUGAGCAGUCUCUGUGGAAUUGGACUGAGCAGUCAUCCAGCAACCAGUCAGAGCAGUCAGUCAGAAACCAGACAGAGCAUUCUGAUAGUGACCAACUCGAGCAGUUGGCGAGCAAGCAGACCAAGCAGUCAGCCAGUAACUAUGUCGAGAUGUUACCCAGUGAUGAAACUGUAAAGAAGUUCAAUGAUGUGACCAGACAACCACCAAGCUCCAAUACUGAACAGAUAAUCAGGAUUUGUGCUGGAGAUUACAUAUUGAUCAAACAUGGUAGAAGUUUUCUUCCUGGUGUAGUGGAUGAAUGGCCGUGGGUCAUAUUCUUCAAGAAAUAUAAAGAUAAUGCAUGGGUUAUGAAUGAAAUAAGGCAUACCAUCCUUGAAUCAGAUAUCCAGAGAAAGUUGGAACCACCUAAAGUGUCCAAGCUAGGUCGUCGGCUACUUUACAGAUUUGAAAGUUACAAGGAAGACAAGUGAAGCAGAGAGAGAGGGAGAAAUACCAUGUUUGCAGUUUAGAGUUUGCUGUUGUUUUAGUCUGUGAAAAUCUCAGAAUAAAUAAUAUGUUAAUUAC